AUGUGGUGGGGCAUCCUCAGUUUGCUGUCCUGGGUCCCGUUGCAAGCAGCCUUUCUGACCCUGGAAACCAUCACGGUGGAGGAAGGCCAGACACUCACACUAAAAUGUUCAACUUCUCUGACCCAGAAUGCCUCUCUCCAGUGGCUGGCCCCUUCCGGGUUUACCAUUUUUUUUAAUCAGCAUCCUGCUUUAAAAAGUUCCAAAUACCAGCUUCUUCACCACUCGACCACACAGCUCUCCAUCAGUGUGCCCAAUGUAACGCUGCAAGAUGAAGGCAUGUAUAAGUGCUUGCAUUAUGGAAGUUCCGUGAGGACAAAGCAAGUGAGAGUGAUUGUGUUAGUGACUCCUUUCAAGCCGACUGUGGAAGCUUUGGUUCUCAGAAGGCAGAACGGUGAAAAACAUGUUGUACUGAAAUGCUCCACAGAGAGGAGCAAGCCCCCUCCACAAAUCACCUGGCUGCUGGGAAGUGGUAUGGAGAUCUAUGGCGGACUCCACCAUGAGUUUGAAACUGACGGGAAAACCUCUAACACCACCAGCACGCUCAUAGUCCACUCGUACGGCAAAAACUCAACAGUGCACUGCAUUAUCCGACACAGGGGCCUGCAAGGAAGGAAGCUGGUUGCCCCCUUCCGGCUUGAAGACUUGGCUGCAGAUCAAGAAACAGCUUCAGAUGCUCCGGAGCAGAGCUCUCUCUCAUCUCAAGCCCCUCAGCAGCCCACGAGUAUGGUCUCAAUGAUGGGAAACUCCAGUAUACAAGAGACUGACGAGGAAGAGGAAGAACAUGCCACUCAAGACCCUGACUUGGCCACUGAAGCCAGUGCUCAGCACAUAGGCCUGGAGAAGAGGAAGAGUGGUAUCCUGCUGCUCAUACUGGUGUCCUUCCUCAUUUUCAUCCUCUUCAUCAUUGUUCAGCUCUUCAUCAUGAAGCUCCGUAAAGCACACAUGAUAUGGAAGAAGGAAAGUGAAAUUUCAGAGCAAACUCUAGAAAGUUACAGGUCAAGAUCCAACAAUGAGGAAACAUCUUCCCAAGAGAAUAAGAGCCGGACUUCUCAGUCUAAGCGUUGUAUGAGCUACAUCACUCGGUUAUACUCAGGAGCCAGAACAAAGAGGAAGGAGAAGGCGCAGCAUUGGAAACUGGAAGGCAAGAACAGUCGUGUCCCAGAGAGUAUCGUUUAA